GUAUAUGAUUUGAAAUUUUCCGUUUUCAGGUUGCAGUUGAUUCAAAGAAGCGUGUGUAUAGUUGGGGAUUCGGUGGCUUUGGGCGUUUAGGUCAUGCUGAGCCAAAGGAUGAAAUGGUACCCCGUUUAAUAAAAUUUUUUGACACUCAAGGACGAGGUGCACGAAACGUAUAUUGUGGAGCAACUUUUAGUCUCAUUGUCAAUGAACUCGGAGUUCUUUUCCUAUUUGGCCAGAACAAAAAAACGGGAGAAGCAAAUAUGUAUCCAAAACCAGUGCAGGAUUUGUCGGGUUGGAAUAUAACCGAUAUCGGAUGCGGAAAUACUUCUAUUAUUAUAUCAGCGGAUGAUACUCUAAUCGCCUGGGGCGCUUCGCCUACCUAUGGAGAACUAGGUAUAGGCGAGUUUCAAAAGUCUUCCACUGUUCCUAAGGAAGUUCCCAAAAUGGAUAAUAUAAAAAUACCUCAGGUCGCAAUGGGCUACUCUCAUACUGUUUUGCUCGUGGAUACUGAUAACGAGUCGACAAAACAAAAAUACGAGAAACUGCCGGAAUAUACCAUCGAUGAUUGAAAAGCCUAAAUUCGAAUGUAGUUUGACCUCCAUACUCCCCAUUCAGCAUUUAUUAUAGAAGAAAAAGCAUGAGUUGUAAGUUUAAAAAGAUAAUUACUGAGUUGUAAGCUUAAAAGAUAAUUUUAUACACAUAUUUAUAAAACAACAUUUACAUUUGUACUUUUUUAUGUUUUUACGUAUAAUUUCUUGCAUAUUUAGUAUCAUUACAACCUUAAAAAAUA